CAGCUGACUAUUCUGGCGCUCUUUCCCAGUUUGUUGGAAUUAGUUCGGUUUCUGGCUUUUAAAAAUGUUCCAAGCCCCGGAUCCGGCCGGCGGAAAUGUGCAGCAGAAGAGGAAGAUCCUGAGCGGCGUGGAGUACAACCGGAUCUGCCAGUUCAUCAACGGCUAUCAUGGAUUGGCUAUAGACUGUGAGUUUGAGCUGAGGAACCGAUUCUUCAAGGACGUGGAGCCGAUGGCCUUGACCUGCAUCCUUCAAUCGGAGCUCUUCAACAGGUCGCGGGGUCAACACCACAAACAGGAGCAACGGGGCAAGAAGCUCCUCAAAAUCUAUGAGGAGCAAAAGAACGCCUAUGACAACGCCCUGCUAAUCCAGAUGGCCUGUGUCGAGGGACUCAAUCCAGUGGCUCUGUGCAGGAUGCUGCUGCACGAGAAGUACAAGGUACGCCACCGCUCGCACAUUUCACGGUUUCUGAAGCAUCCCCAUCUCAUCGACGACCCCAAGCUGGCGGCCAACGUGCAGCAGUGCAUUAUUAGCGACAAUCAAGAGGGAUCCAUUACGGACCUGCGAAGACGCAUCAUCGGCGAGGAGUACGAACUGAAGCUUAAGACUCUGGCCACAAAGGCGGGCAUUCACUUCUAUGACGAGCAGGAUUUGCGGCGGAUGGGCUAUGACAAGACGCCGGACAUCAAAAUGAUCCUGCCAUUCCUUUACAAGGGCUCUGUGAUCAACUGGAUUGAGAGCAAGGCCAAUUUCGGGGACCCCAAGGGGCACAAGUUCAACAUCCAACAGCAGCUUCAUAGCUACUGCAAUCGUUUUGGGCCUGGAAUUAUAAUCUAUUGGUUUGGUUACCACGAGGAAACUCCUUUACUGCCGGAUAAUAACAUUGGCAUUACUGUACUCCCUGAUUUUCCGGCCAAAGAAGAUUUGGUUUUCAUGCAGCUUGCACAAGGAGAAUUCGCAAUAGAAACUCCAGCAAUAACGGCGGAUCCCUGUUCGACGAGUCAGAACUUAGAACACUCUAAAGAAGUCUUAUGUCCGGACAAAGAACUGAAUAAUCCCUCAUGAAAGCGGAAGAGUUCUCAAGCCAUCGGAGACACAGGAAAUAGUCAUAUUCCGCAUACCAGAUUUUUUACCAAUUGAACGAUAUGUGCUUGUUUUUGCAGCGUACAUAGACAACUUACACCCAAUUAGAAAGUGUACAAUUUUAAGUAGACCUAAAACAAUCAAAUUAAACUAAAUCACUUCUAAUAGUAGUAUGAAGACGGAGAUGCUUUGCAUUUAGACAUUAGCUAUUAGACAAUGCUGCUGCAGCAAUAACAUUUUGUAGUUUUAACAAUUAAUUUUAUUGUAUUUAUAAAUUCAAAUGUACAUGAUUUAUUAAUUGUUUAUAGUACAAAAAGUUUGGUUUCCUCCUUUCCUGGCAUGCAUCUUAUAUAAAACUAUAAAAUAUUGUAAUAAUCGUUGUUCAUAAAACAAAUCAAAACCAGAGCAAGAGUAAUUAUUGCGACUCAAAUUGCUUGCAGUCCUUCGGGGAAAUAAAAAUCAAAACAAACGUA